AUGUCUGAACGAAAGGUCUUGAACAAGUACUUUCCUCCCGACUUUGACCCGGCCAAAAUCCCAAGAAGGAAACUCGACAAGGCCCAACAACAUAAAGUCCGUCUGAUGGCCCCCUUCUCCAUGCAAUGUAAUACUUGUGGAGAGUACAUUUACAAGGGAAAGAAAUUCAAUGCUAGAAAGGAACGUGUCGAGGGUGAAGACUAUCUGGGUAUACAGAUAUUCAGGUUCUACAUCAGAUGCACACGAUGCUCUGCCGAGCUAACCUUCAAAACGGACCCAAAAACCUCAGACUACAUAUGUGAAGGUGGCGCACAACGUAACUUUGAACCAUGGCGAGAAGAAAAGAUAGUCAGUGAAGAACUCGCAGCCUCACGUGCCCAAGAAGAAGAAUACAAUCCAAUGAAGGCACUCGAAAACAGAACCGUAGACUCUAAACGUGAAAUGGAUAUCCUAGACGCCCUAGACGAAAUACAAACCCGAAAUGCACGCACAGAACGCGUAGAUGCUGAUGCUGUAUUGACGAAAUUGGUUAAAGUGAAUAAGGCUAGUAGGGUGAUGACUGAACAGCAGCAGGAAGAAGAGGAUGCGAGGAUUGCUAGGAUGGUGUUUCAGGGUGGUGUUGAUGCUGAUGGGGAAGGGAUACGACGUGUUGGGGUUGAAGAAGACGAGUACGCUGAAUCGCUUGUGCAUAAAGCUAGACAGAGUAAAAGUAUCGCUAUUUAUUUACGUGAUGAUGAUGAUGAUAAUGGUGGUGAUGACGACGAGGAUCUAGAAGAUCUGGAUGCUCUCGUAAACACUCGACAUGGUAAUAACGGUGCUAGCAGUAGUAGUAAUGGCGGAUCAAGAGCAUCUAUACUCCCCACUUCCAGUAGCAGCAGUACAAUAAAACCCGUCGCUCCCACAUUGAAGAGGCCAGCACCAGCUUCAACCAGUCUAGGCAUAGUAGUCAAGAAGAGCAAGCCUGAAGUGAAGCCAAUAGUGAAGCCAACAGCACCAAUAGUAGCAAAGAAGCCCGCCAAUGCACUUAAUCUAUUAGGCGGUUAUCAAGAUGAUGACGAGGACGAUUGA